AUGGAGCAAAAUAGUCGCGAAAUGGAGAAGAUGAUAGCUACUAGGAAUUCAGCAACAAAUCAGAUACAAGAAGAAAAUAAGCUUUCUAAAAAGGAUGCAGAAGAACAGCUAAAUAAACUUCUCACAGAUUUGGACAGAAUCCGUGCACAAAGAGAUGAUGUGACAAUGGAGGUGGACAAGUUAAGAGCAAUGCUGCCUACUGAUUUUCAUCAAAUAAAUGCUUUAAGGGUGAUUGCGAAUGAUCGCAAAACUAUAAUUAAACAAUUGAUGGAUGAAGUUCGAAGACUACAUAUGAAAUUAGCAGCACAAGAGGGUAACAAAGAUGCUGCAGAUUUUUAUUGUAAUCCUGUUCAACCUCCAGAAUUUUCUUUGCAAUGA